AGCCAUUUUGGCUCAAGCCAGCUUGUUCAGGCGUGCUUGGGCAGGCGAUGGCGCGGGAGGUUCUGCGGGGCGCGGCUGGUGCCCGUGCCUCGGCAGACCGUCUGGUGCAGAAAUUGGUCAAGCAGCACGCGGAGGCCCGCGAGGAGGCCGACUCCCUGAGGCGCACCCUUCGGCAGCUCCUGGGCGGCUUCGAGGUUCUCAUCGGGGACGCGGAGCUGGCGGACCGCGUGGCGGCGCUGAUUCCUGCCUUGCGCGCACUCCUUAAGGGCGAGACGCCCUCGCCCGAGGACGUGCUCAGGCGCAACGUCGCGCUACACGCCGACGCCGAGGGCGAGAGCGUGGCAGAGGCGCGGCCCGCGCGCCUUCGGCAGAUGCAGAGGAGUGCGCGUCUCGAAGCUCGUCUGCAGGGCGUCGGUGGCGCGGAGGUGCUCGGGCGGAAGCUGUGCGCCGUGGAGGGCAACCCGGCCGUGCUUCGCGAGCAGGCUGCCCCGUUCUGGCCGCGGCACCCCCCAGGAGUCUGGGAGCAGCUGGGCGGCGCCGGCUGGGAGAGCAGGACUGCGAGCGGUGCUGCACGCGCGGAGGCGCGGCCGCCGCGGGCGCGGGACGCCUUCCUCACGGUCCAGCGCGUUGGGCCUUGGGAGACGCUGCCCCCCGUGUCCAUCCGCUGCACGUGUGGCGCCGUGGUCUUCGCCUCGGCUGGUCUUCACGCGCGUACUGACGCUGCGGCUGGUGCUGGAGGGCCCCUGCCGACGGGCUCCGCGGGCUCGGGUGGUGGUCACGUUGAGGCCGUCUCCAGCCCCGCGGGCAAUGCGGCCGACUCGGCCGAGUUCGACUACCAGGAGGUGGGUGCGGCCGAAGCUGAAGUGGAUACGGCCUGCUCGGUGUCGGAGGCGGCGCCACAGGCCAGCACUGCGGUUCUGGCGUACCUGCACGCUCACCCUGCGGCGCUCCUCUCGGGAGGCGGCGGGGCCCUCGCGGCUCCUGUGGCUGGCGGUACUGGUCCAGGCGCUGGUUUCGAGGGCAGCCGCGUCCGCAGGAAGCGCGGUGCCAGCGCGGGGCGGCGCGCCCGUCGCGUCCGCUUCGACCUGCGUCCCGUCGUCAUCGGCACGGCCUUCGAGGAGGAGUCGGUGGAGGCCCCCCCGCGCGGAGGCAGGGCUGGCGGCGUGGACGAGCCCGUCCGCGGUCUCUGGGCCUUUUUGGACGGCCUCUCGGUAGCAUCGAUCGCCUGUGUUGCUCACGGGCCCUCGCUCGCGCUCGAGAGGCUCUUCGUCCUUGCCGAGGCCCAGGUGCAGGACGGUUAGCCUUGCGUGCGGACGCUAAUUCCGUUUGCUCCGUGCAUUAGCAUUUCUUGUAUUUGUAUGUGUACGUGAGCUUGCAACACUUCGCUGUUGUCUCUGGAGCUACGAGGGCUGUGAGUGAGUCCUUCCUCCGUUGCCUUGCGUGCGGACGCUAAUUCCGUUUGCUCCGUGCAUUAGCAUUUCUUGUAUUUGAAUGUGUGCGUGAGCUAGCUUUCGGUGCAGCUUCGCUGCUUCUGCAUGCCUCUCGGCUCUGCCCGCCCUCGUGGCCCUGGGGCCUAGGCGCCCCCGUUGGCCCUGGCGGCCUGCCCUCGGUGAGGCCCGAAGCGGCCCCCCGUGAGGGUGUGCUGGAGGUUGGCCCGAAGCGGCCCCUCGGGGAGGGCGGCCCGAAGCGGCCCCCUCCUGCUGGCCCUGGAGGCUCCUGGGAGCGAGCCUCGGGCCCACCUUUUUUCCAGCCUUUAGAGGCCCCGCAGCCCACAGCCCACACAAGCGCACGGCAGACCCGACAGGAACACGGCAGACCCAAAACGAGCACGGCAGAGCCGACAGGAGACGCUUCCCGUUCUUGUCCGGUCAGGUU